GCGCCGGCCCCGCGCGGGGCCGCCAUGUUCUGCUACCCGGAAGGGCUGGCGGCGGCCUUCUCGGCGCUGGUGCUGGCGACGCUGGCGCUGACCCGGAGCGCCGCGCUGGCCUGCGCGCUGUCGGGCGGCUUCUACCUGGCGCUGCGCCUCUUCAGCCUGGAGCCCGUCGCCCCGCAGCGCGCCCAGCUGGUGGUGCAGCCGCGCGGGAACCCCGCCCGCAUCGCCCACCGCGGCGGCGGGCACGACGCGCCCGAGAACACGCUGGCCGCCAUCCGGCAGGCAGCUGAGAAUGGAGCAACAGGGGUGGAACUUGACCUGGAAUUCACCGCUGAUGGGAUUCCUAUCCUGAUGCACGACGACACGGUGGACAGGACCACCGAUGGUUCGGGAAGCUUACGAGAAUUGAGAUUUGCUGAGAUUCGACAGUUUAAUCCGGCUGCUAAACAUAGAUUAUGGAGGGAUUAUCGUGGGGAAAAAAUACCAACCCUAAAAGAAGCUGUUUUGGAAAGCUUGAAUCAUGACCUCACCAUCUACUUUGAUGUCAAGGGGCACGCGGAUCAGGCAGUUGCAGCCCUGAAACACCUCUACCUGGAAUAUCCACGGCUGUACAACACAAGUGUCGUUUGCUCAUUUAUGCCAGAUGUUAUCUAUAAGAUGAGGCAAGCAGAUAGGAAUGUAAUAACAGCUCUGACCCACCGACCUUGGAGUAUCAGCCACUUCGGGGAUGGGAGGCCUCGCUACACCUCUUUCUGGAAACAUUAUUUGUCUAUGGCCCUGGAUGUUAUCAUGGACUGGAGCAUGCACAACUUCCUAUGGCAUUUAUGUGGCGUUUCUGUUUUUCUGAUGCAGAAAAAUUAUGUUUCACAGGACUAUAUAAACCGGUGGUCAUCUAAAGGAGUUCACGUUGUUGCUUGGACCGUCAAUGCACUUGCUGAAAAAAUGUAUUAUGAAAAUGUUCUCCAGACCAGCUAUAUUACCGACAGCUUAUUAGAGGAUUGUGACCCUCACUAUUAGCUUGAUCUUCUACUGCUUGUUGGCUUGUUUGUCAGACUGAAGUUCAUCAACAGUGGAACUUUUUGAUUUUAUUUCGCGACGGCUGCAUUGCUUCCCUCGGGGGGGAAAAAAUUACAUUUCAGAUUGCACCAAAGUCUCCUUUUUGAGAUUUCUCAUUACUAUCGCUUUUCAUCCAAGAAAGAAUAUUUUUAAUCAAAGAGACACGUGCAGCUUAAAUGGAAAAAAAAUGAUUUGCUAUAAGGUAGGCAGUCCGAAACUUAAGGGGGUUGGGAAGUGAACUUUUUGGAAAACUCUUGAAUGUUCCAUUCUUCCCCUGGGCCACCUCAAUCCGAUUCUGGCCCAUGCUGCUCCAGGGGUGGUUGGGCAGUUUCCCAGAAGUAAAUCCUCUAAACCAGCAGUGGUUCUGAGGUGUCCUGGGGGUAUCCUGGCCCCCAGACAGCCCUGUUUUGUCCUGGACACCAGUUCAGAGAAAUGGCCAACUACCCCAGUCAACAGUCUGUAGCAGUAUUUCCCGACCAUAACGGCUUGAAUAUGUGUGGACUUCAACUCCCAGAAUUCCUCGGCCAGCAUGCUGGCUGAGGAAUUCUGGGAGUUGAAGUCCACACAUCUUCAAACAGCCAAGGUUGAGAAACACUGGUCUGGAGAGAGAAUGGAACGUUCUAGCGUUUUUCCAGUGUUGUACUGUAUUCCUGAACCUGUGAGUUUUGCACAUCCCUGGUAUGAGGCAUCUGGUAAUGGCUCAUUUAUACUCAGUCAAAACAAAAACAAAACA